AGCCAAACUUAACAAAAUUUGACUAGAAAAAAAUCAAAGCGACUUAUAAUAUGAAACAGAAGAGUGGAUAUCUUAUACAUACUAACUACAUGAAUGAAUGUCACGCUUUGGUAAAAUUAACUUUACAAAGCUAUUUUAGUCUUGUUUUGCAUGAACUAGAUAAGUUCGUGCAUAAAUAGCAUUUCAGAAGUUCAUCUACAAAUUACACCCAACUAACGCACAUCAUUUGUAUACCACCAAUAUAAUUUUCUCCUUUUAUUUUAGGAAAAUUUUAAGCUCAGAAUCGGGAGUAAUAGAUGAUCGUGAAGGGGAUCAACUAUUGCACAUUAACUGCCGCCUCUAACAUUUAAUCCCGGAGUACCGACUGCUAGUUACUCCUAUAAUUGUUACUACGUACUCUACUUUGGUAUCAAUCGUAUCGCUUGCCAUGGGCUCAAACUCGCGCCUGCACGCCGUGCUCAUCCCGUACCCGGCGCAGGGCCACGUCACGCCCCUCCUGCACCUCGCCAAGGUGCUCCACUCCAGGGGGUUCCACGUCACCUUCGUCAACUCCGAGUACAACCACCACCGCCUCCUCCGUUCCCGCGGCACCGGCGCGCUGGCCGGCCUCGACGACUUCCGGUUCGAGACCAUCCCGGACGGCCUGCCGCCGCCGUCCGAAUCCGACAACGACGACGUCACGCAGGACAUCCCCACGGUCUGCACGUCCUUCCUCACGCACGGCCCCGCGGCGUUCGGGGCCCUCCUGGCGCGGCUCAACAGCGAGCCCGGGACGCCGCCGGUGAGCUGCGUUAUACCGGACGGCGUGAUGAGCUUCGCACAGAGAGUGGCCAGCGACAUGGGCAUCCUUGCCCCGGCGUUCUGGACCACCAGCGCCUGCGGCUUCAUGGGAUAUCUCCACUACGCCGAGCUCAUCGACAGAGGCUACGUGCCACUCAAAGAUGAGAGCUACCUGACCAACGGAUACCUCGACACCGUGCUCGACUGGGUGCCGGGGAUGCCAGGCAUCCGGCUGCGCGACAUGCCCAGCUUCAUCCGCACGACCGACCGGGACGAGUUCAUGCUCAACUUCGACAGCGGCGAGGCGCAGAACGCGCGCCACGCGCAGGGCCUCAUCCUCAACACGUUCGACGCGGUGGAGCACGACGUCGUCGACGCGCUGCGCCGCAUCUUCCCGCGCGUGUACACAGUCGGCCCGCUCCUGACGUUCGCGGGGGCCGCAGCGGCGCGGCGCCCCGAGGUGGGCGCGAUCGGCGGCAACCUCUGGAAGGAGGACGCGAGCUGCCUUCGGUGGCUGGACGCCCAGCAGCCCGGCUCGGUCGUGUACGUCAACUUCGGUAGCAUCACCGUCAUGUCGCCGGCUCAUCUCGCCGAGUUCGCGUGGGGGUUGGCGCGCUGCGGCCGGCCAUUCCUGUGGGUCAUCAGGCCCGACCUCGUCGCCAGCGAGAAGGCCAUGCUGCCGGAAGAGUUCGUCAGCGAGACCAAAGAGAGAGGGAUCUUUCUGAGCUGGUGCCCGCAAGAGCAAGUCCUGGAGCAUCCGGCGACCGGCCUGUUCUUGACGCAUUCCGGCUGGAACUCGACGCUGGAGAGCAUAAGCGCCGGCGUGCCGAUGAUCUGCUGGCCGUUCUUCGCCGAGCAGAUGACCAACUGCCGCUACGCUUGCACCAAGUGGGACAUUGGACUGGAAAUUGACACCGACGUGAAGAGGGAGGAGGUGGCACGGCUCGUGCAAGAGGCCAUGGAUGGAGAGAAAAGCAAGGAUAUGAGAGCGAAAGCAAUGGCGUGGAAGGAGAAAGCCGUGGCGGCAACGGAGGAAGGAGGCACUUCGAGCGCCGGAAUAGAUCGUUUGGUUGAAUUUCUGCUUGCAAGAGGUGAUCACGCAAGCUGAAUAUUGUUGUUGUUGAUCAAUCCUAAAAAUGCGAUUUGUAAUUGGGUAAAUGAAUCUAUGAUGUGACCAUCUCCCACUAUCUUGUUAGAAAUAUCAAA